AUGGUUUUCGAGAACCCCCAGACGGGCCCAAUCACCGAGCUCUUUGCGGAUUGGAAGGUUUUGCUGGGCAUUCUCAUCUUUGUGUAUAUUGCGGCCAGCAUUCGCUCAUAUGUCCGCCUGAGCCAUGUCCCAGGCCCGCUAUUCCAGUCAGUCUCGUCGCUUGGGUUUCUCAAAACACAUCUAGACGGCAGCCCGCAUUCCGAGAUUUGGAAAUGGACGAAAACAUAUGGUGAGCUGCAACGUGGUCCUCGCAAAGGCUACAAAGCUAACAAGAACGCGCAAGGCCCUUUGAUCAGAGUCGGGCCAAACUCCGUCAUCACCAGUGACGUCAAAACGGUGCAGAGGAUAUCCGCCGUCAAGUCGCCCUAUAGCAAAGGAGGCUGGUACCGUCCGUUUCGCUUCAUCAAGGGCCAGGACCAUUCCUUUUCCACGGUCCACGAGCCCAGUCACACGGCGUUUAGGAACAAGAUUGCGUCGGGCUACCGCGGCUCUAUCGAGAUGGAACAGGCCGUCGACCGCCAGGUUUGUCGCCUGCUGGAUCUGAUUGAGAGGAAAUUUGUUUCGCGUAUCGAUGCUGGCUCUUCUGAAGAGGACAAGACGGGCCCGGCGCGGACCAUGGACAUUGCUGCCAUUACUCAUCUGUUCGCCUUGGACCUUGUUGGUGAUAUCACGUUUGGCAAGGCCUUUGGCUUCUUGGACGAGGGUAAUGACUCUUAUGGCUUUCUCAAGUGGAACGAAGACUUCUUCACCAUUGCGUCCAUCUUGGCCGUUCUUCCGAGUCUGGCGUGGUUUACACAGUUAUGGCCAUUUAGCGAGGCGCUUCCCAAGUCUACUGACCCGGUAGGUCUGGGACGUUUCAUCAGACACAGCGAGGAAGUCAUUGGCGCUCGUUAUCAGGCAGGCCCCGACGGCCGUAGGGACCUAGUAGGUCUGUUCAUGAAGAUGGGCGUUACUAAGGAUCAAGCUGUAAACCAGUCAUUGGUGUCUGUCGUUGCUGGGACUGACUCUGUUGCGACUGCGGUUCGCAUGACCAUUUUGUACGUGACUUCGAAUCCGAGAGUAUACAGAAACUUGCUAGCAGAGCUGGACAAGGCGAGAGCGGAUGGUCUUAUAAGCUCUGAAACACCAAUCCAAAUGUCACAGGCCAAGCAGCUUCCAUAUCUACAAGCCGUGGUCCGGGAAGGAUUGCGCAUCUAUCCCGGCGGAACCCCACUGGUAUUCAAAGAGGUGCCAGCGGGAGGAGACACGGUCGCUGGCUACAGACUCCCGGCCGGCACGCAAGUCGGCAUGGACGUAUGGGGAGCCUACAGGAACAAGCAGUUCUGGGGCGAGGACGCCGACCAGUAUCGGCCCGAGAGAUGGUUGAAUCAACCGCAAGCACGACUGAGCGCCAUGACCGAGAGUCUCGAUUUCCAAUUCGGUUAUGGACGAUACCAGUGUCUGGGAAGGCCUUUGGUGUUUAUGGAAAUGAACAAGGCUCUAACCGAGCUCCUGAGUCGAUUCGAGUUCGCUGUUGUAGACCCGGCACACCCUGCAGAUAUUAUCAACGCCGGCUUUUAUUUGAUGCACGGAUUUGACGUAGUGGUUACGCCCCGAGGUCAAUAA